AUGUUGCAAUUAGCGGCUGAAAAGAACAUUAAGCCAUGGAUUGAAGAAGUACCAAUUACCGCUGAAAGCUGUGGUACUGCUUUAACUAGGUGUGACGAAGGUGAUGUUAGAUAUAGAUUCGUCUUCACCGAAUUCGACAAGGCCUUUAAUUAG